AUGGCAAAUUCGUACAUCCAACUUCACUUUGUAGCAUUAUUCUUCCUUGCAAGUCUUACAAUCCCCUCUAAUUGCCUUCCUGGCCUUUAUCCUAAAGCCCCUGUUGCCCUCUUUGUCUUUGGUGAUUCACUUUUUGACCCUGGAAACAAUGACUUCAUUAAGACAACCACUACUUUCCAGGCAAAUUUUCCGCCUUAUGGAGAAACAUUUUUUAAGCUCCCAACCGGGAGGUUCACUGAUGGCCGCAUUAUCCCUGAUUUUAUAUCUGAAUUUGCAAAAUUAUCUCUAAUUCCACCAUACCUGCAAACUGGAUAUCAUGAAUUCUUGACUAAUGGCGUGAACUUUGCAUCUGGCGGUGCUGGUGCUCUUGCUGAAACUAAUACCGGAUUGGUGAUCGACCUUAAAAUGCAAUUCAAGAACUUUAGGAAAGCUAAGAAACAUUUGAGGUUGAAUAUAGGUAAAAGAGCCGCAAGACGAGUGGUGAAAAAUGCUGUAUACUUGUUUGGCAUUGGUAGUAAUGAUUACUUGAGCCCGUUGACUAAUAAUUCCAGUAUAUUUAAGUUGUAUGCACCACAAGAUUAUGUAGCAAUGGUGGUUGGCAACAUUACAUCGGUGGUUCAGAAAAUUCACAGGGAAGGUGGAAGAAAAUUCGGGAUUUUAAAUUUGGGUCCCUUAGGUUGUUUGCCAAGGCUUAGAGCAGCCAAUGUGGCCGCUGGAGGAAAUGGAGAGUGCGUGGAACAGGUCACAGCUUUGGCUAAAUUACACAACGUAUUGCUUUCCCAAAAACUCCAGUUGCUACAAAAACGGCUCAAAGAUUUUAAGUACUCGUAUUUUGACGUCUUCACAGCUUCCAUCGCGACAAUUCAAAAUCCUUCCAAGUUCGGUUUUAAGGAAGUGAAGAGUGCAUGCUGUGGUAGCGGCCCAUUCCGAGGAUAUUUUAGCUGCGGAGGAAAGAGAGGAAUGAAAGAAUACGAGCUAUGUGAUAAUCCCAAAGAUUAUUUGUUUUUCGACGCUAAUCAUCCAACUGCAGCGGCGAACUUGCAGUCUGCGGAGGCGAUGUGGGGAGGGCCUCCCAACAUAACAGGGCCUUACAAUCUCCAGUCGCUGUUUCUGCUUUAA